AUGCUGGUGUUCACCUCGACUGAAGGAGUGAGUCUCGAAAAUAUGGCCAAAGCAUUCUCGGCACAGCACCUAGAUCCAGAUUUCUCUCUAAAUUUCAGUUCUGCAAAUUUCACGGGUGUAAAUGGAAGUUGCCUCUUUAAUGCGGUUGGUUAUGUCAUGGACCACGACAAAAACAAAGCUCCUGAGCUAAGACAGGUUAUAGCUGCAACGGUGGCAAGUGAUCCUGAAAAGUUUUCUGAAGCAUUGCUUGAAAAGCCUAAUGAAGAGUAUUGUGCAUGGAUUCUUAACCCAGAGAAGUGGGGAGGUGGCAUUGAGCUUGCAAUAUUGGCCGAGUAUUAUGGGCUUGAGAUAGCAGCAUAUGAUAUACAAACCACCAGAUGUGAUUUGUAUGGACAGGGAAAAAACUACAGUGAAAGAGUUAUGCUGAUCUAUGAUGGACUCCACUAUGAUGCUUUGGCUAUGUCUCCUGUUGAAGGAGCUCCAGAGGAGUUUGAUCAGACGAUAUUUCCAGUACUAGCGGACCGGACAGUGGGGCCAGUUGAGAGACUCGCCCUUAAUCUGGUUAGAGACCAGCAAAGGAGGAGGAGUUAUACUGACACUGCCAACUUCACUUUGCGAUGUGGUACCUGCCAAAUUGGAGUUAUUGGACAGAAGGAAGCAGUGGAGCAUGCACAAGCAACAGGUCAUGUGAACUUCCAGGAAUAUAAAUGA